AUGGUUAGUUUAGCGACAAGUCUCAAAGUGCCGGCGACGUUCGGUUGGUUGGCGGCGCGGCAAUGCAACUCCGCGACUGGAUGGCUGGGAGUCACGUGCGACGCCGACGGUCACCCCGUUUCCAUAUCGUUCAACAAGCCCACGUGGACCGGCGGGUCGCUGCACACGUCUGUCGGCACUCUCAGCCGCCUGCAAGCCUUGUUGCUUAACAACCUGGACAUGACUGGCAGCAUUCCCACGGAAGUCGGGCGCCUGGUGAGCCUGUCCUCGAUCGCACUCAACGGACUCGCUUUAACGGGCCCCAUCCCCGCUAGUCUCGGCGGCCUCACCAAUCUCGCGAACCUCAACAUCACGGGCGGCGCGUUGUCCGGGCAGAUCCCCGCGGCGCUCGGCCAGCUGUCGCGCCUGCAGCUGCUCAGCGUGGGCUCCGCCGCGGCGUUCAACCGCUUCUCCGCCAUCAACGGCGGCAUUCCCGAGGCGCUCUGCGACAUCGCGCCGCUCCAGUACCUGAACCUGGGCUUCAACCGCCUGCAGGGCUCGCUGCCUCUCUGCCUCAGCCAACUCACCAACCUCUUCUACCUGGCCGCGCCGAGCAACACACUCUCCGACGACAUUCCACCCGAAAUCGCCGCCCUUCCUCACCUUUAUGAAGUAGACCUAUCCAACAAUCUCUUCACCGGCCCAUUCCCAGAGUUCUCAACCGAACUCGACUCCCUCACACUCUCCAAGAAUCUUUUCUCCGGCCCGCUCCCCACCUCUCUCCCUCCUCUCCUCACCUCCCUCGCGAUCAACACCAACUACUUUACCGGAAACCUCCCCAUCUUCUUCCCACUUAACCUGACCUACAUUGACCUAUCCGAGAACUAUUUCACCGGGAUUGCCAACGUUUUUGCAGCUGCUGCCACCCGAACCGGCACCAGGAGCACCUCUCUGAGCGCACACGCAGCCUCGGUGGCCGAGCGGCUAGGCUCAGUGCGAGGCUCGGGGAUGCUAGGUUUGGUGUCCGGUCCGGCGCGAAUGGGGAUGGAAGUUGCAGGAGCCGUGAGUGAGGGGGUGCAGGCUGUUCAGGAGGAGGUGGAGGAGGCUGGGGCGAGAACGGUGAGGGGACCGGCUCGGAUUGACCUGGAAGUGGAAUUUGAGAGGGCGGAGCAGGCAGAGUUGAUUGCCGAUGAGGAGGAGAAGAGGGGGCAAGAGCAGCAGAAGGAGAAGGGGCAGAGAAGAGGCGGCAGCAGAGGCAGCAGCAGCACUGAGCUGCUUCACUCACUCGCGUCGUUCAUUGGCUCCUAG